CUCGAUUUAACUCGAACUCGAAACGACGAGUCGAAGUUUUCUUUCUAUUGCAUUUUCUUCGUGAUUUUCAUCUCCAGAAAAGCAGUCUCUUCCCCACACAUCUAUAACCUUCAGUAAGAUUACACUGAGAUUGAAAAUCCAACGAAAUAUCGGGCCGAAUGGCGAGCCUUUUUGCAUCUGAUUUGGCGCAGCCUGACUUACCAAACAAGGCUCGAGAAAAGGCCAUUUUCCUUGAAGAGGCACUAGCAACACUAAGAAGAGAUGGGUUUGAUCCUUCAAAAUCAAGUCCGUACCAACUCGGAGAGGAGCUGGGUUUGAAUACUUCAUUAUCUCACAUUGAUGACUACCUUCGGUUAUUGGACUCGGUCUGUAUGGUCUUGGGAUUUACAAAGAAGGAGACUGCCAUUGCCAUGUCUAAUGUCUGUCUUAAAGUAGUCCUGACGCUUUGGUUAAAAGAGGUAGACAAUGUCUCUGAACGUGGAAGAGCUACCAAGACUUCACUUAAAAGAGCUAUAGAUAAAGUAAAAGGGAAGGCCUCUUUUAGCGGACAGGAGAUGUUAAACACUGACGCAACCGUUACUAUUCGUUAUACUAAUCUUCUACUCUGUGGUCUCCCUGGGAGUGGUCGCUCUUCUUUCCUUCGUCUAUUGCUAGGCUCAGAUUCUACAGCCCCUGUACCGCCUGUUUCAAUAGCUAGAAUGAUGAUGAGGACUCCCGAAUCAAGGCUAAGUGAUCGUUCUUAUGAAUGGAAAGACUCAACUUUUGAGGAAAUAAUUGCCAGCCAUUUUAAUGAGGCCAGUGACAGACCUGCAGAUCCACCAGAGCACUCAAUUCCUUUGUCAAGUAGAAGAUUUAGGAAUGAAACAUCAUUUGAGCCAUUUGAGCCAUUUCUGUUUCGUUCCCUUAAUCAACUUAGGCAAUUACAAAUGCUACUAGUUAAAAGAAUGGGGAAAGAGUCUAGGAUUAAUUUGCACAAGGAAUUUUCUACAGGGAGGCUCCAACAACAUCAAGAUCUGUUGCUUCGUAUUCGCAAUGCUGAUGAAGAUUGGGGAUACAUUUCCAGUUGCAUGUAUAGUACUUACAUUCGUGAUGCGUGUGUUCUUUCACAGCCUCAAAUGAUCGAAAGAUUUCAGCUGUUUCAAGGUGAGAAGUUCUUUGCUAUUCUUUACUCAAUGAUGGACGAUUUGAGUCAUGAUUCCAAAGAAUUUGAACAUGCUCUAAGAGAGAUAAUCCCUCUAUUGUCCUCGUAUCAAUCUGAUCAACCCAAACCCAAUAGCAUUCCUCACCCAUAUUUUGUUCCUCACUCUCCUCCCCACAUUUCUUCAUCUUCUACUUCAGUGUCACGUCCAGUCAAGGGUAUCUCACAUAUUUUAUCAGCUCCUAAACCCGCCGAUAAAAGUACAAUACAUUUCGUUAAUGUUAUCACAACCAGAGGGCCACUGUCAUUUUUGAGCACUAUUCCCGCAGUUCUAAAUUACACUGCAGUUAAUCUGAUAACCCACAGGCUCGAUGCUCCUUUGCACGAAAGUAAUUUUGAUGGCACCAUUCGUGGUACUGCCCCCAUUGAUAUGCUUGAUGAUUUAGUACGGUCUUUAAAUUUCCCUCAAAAACCACCUUUAGAAGGUAUAAUUGCACACGUAAACCCAGAAUAUGGCAAGAAGAAGCUUUUAGUAGUCGGAACAUGCCUAGAUCUUAUUGAUAAAGAGAAACUGAGCUCAUGCAAUAAAGUUCUAGACAAGUACUUUGACAAUUUGCGUGAUGUAUUCCUCCGUGAUGCUAAUUCUAUCGUAUUUGCUCUCAAUAAUCUUAAUAAGACGGAAAAUGAAGACAGGAAGUUGAGGCUCAUUCGUCGAAAGGUUUGUAACCAAUACAUAGAGGCUCAGAUCCCAGGACGAUGGAUCUUACUAAAGCAGGAGUUGUUGGUUAGGGCUCAAAGACAAACGGAACUCUGCCCAGUGGACGACUUAAUUGAGGUGGGAAAGAGUUUUCAAAUGACAGAAGCUGAUGUCAAAAGUGCUCUCUCGUUUUUUCAUAGUAUGACUUUCAUCUUUUACUUUCCAGCCUUCAUUCCUGACUUUGUUUUUCUGAACCCUGAGGGUCUACUCGAAAAACUGUUUGAAUUGACCAAGAUUCAAAAAACGGAAUUAAAAGCUGAUCGCCUGAUGCAAAUGGACUUUGCACAUGCACCUGGAAUACUUCCAUACUUGCUGGAGCGUCUUCUACUUAUUCUGAGAAACCCUCUGUCUAGUGAUAGCUUUUUAUUUCCUUGCUCUCUUGAGCAGUGUCAAAGCUUAAGUCACACAAGACGACGUCUUUAUCCUGUAGACCCUCUCGUCCUUUCCUGGCAGCUACAAGUACCUCAGGGACUCUUUCAAGCUCUCUGUAUUCAUCUAGCAAGCUCAGUUUGGGGUUUUCCUCUUUAUUAUUAUUAUUAUCAAAACGUAGCUCAUUUUAGAGACGAAAAGCGAAACAUGCAUGUAACUCUUAUUGAGCACCGUUGCUCUUGGAUUGAGGUUUAUAAUGAGAGUGAUGAUGCCUCGUCCUGUUCCAGUAUUAAGGAAGACAUUUAUAAGUCAAUGCAGGCAGUACUGGACCUUUUUAAUAUUAACAUUUCGAUCAUACCACCAUUGACAGAGCAUUUCUUCUGCUUUGAACAUGACGCUAAUGAUCAUCUGUGUGCUGUCGGGAUUGAAGAUGACAAGGAUAUGGUCACAUGUCUCCUUGAUGGAUCCGCUUCAUUUAGCAUCACUGAUAGACAGAAGCCAUGGCUAGAGAUUAAAUUAAAACUAAAGAGCUUUGAAGCUUCAAAGCCACUCAAUAUCAGCAAUCUAUCAGACAUAUUGCUGUUACUCAGAAGAAGUCAUUUUAGUGGGAAGUGGCAAAAUUUAGGUCUCAUGUUGGGUCUUUCUAUUAACACAAUUAAGCAUAUAGAAAUGGAGAAUAGAUCUAAUGCUGAACGAUGCCUUACAGAAUCUCUUGCAGCUUGGUUGAAGAGUGUUGAUGGUGCUUCUGCUAAAGAUAUAAAUUUUGGUUCCCUUGCUAGUGCUCUUGAACAAAUGGGAGAAAAUGCCUCUGCUCAUACAAUACAUGAAUCCUUGUCCAAAUAGCAAGACAAGAAGCCUCGUUCGAAGAGCAGGGCAACUCUCAAAAGAAGAUCAUUUAAUUGAGAUCAGGAGCGAUUAGACUAUCAAAUUUAAUCAUUAUUUUUUCCUAAUAAUUAUGUAUUAAUUAUGC